GCCCUUUAGCAGCUCUUGGGAUUACCUUUGUGCCUUAUUUUGUGUUUCUAACCGAGUAACAAAAUUGUUGACUGAAUGUUAGCCAUUCAUCAAAUUGAAGCAGAAGCAAGCUCCACUUGUAGGUAACUUAAGCCAAAAUAGAAGAUGCCCCAUUCCGGGAAAUUUCAUCAAGACAGAGCCUACAUUCCUAGGGAGAACCCCAAUUAUUUUGAUAAAAGAAGCAGGCAACCAAAUUCAUCCGGUGGAAGGUUGUCGCAAGGGACAACUGAACAUUCAAGAUCUUCCUCUGCUUUUGCAGACCUUGAGCAGAACCAUCUUGGACCAAGGCACGGUUAUGACAAUCCCCCACCUCCCUACAAUCCUUCCAAAAAAACAUUUUCAGAGAAAUGCUCAAACCUGUGCUCCCGAAGAGGUGUCUUGCAGUUUGUCGAAGUCACUGUCAACAUCUUGGUGCUGAUCUGCAUAGGAGCAACCCAGGCGGGGGUCUCCGGUUUCACUUCCUUGGGAGGCCUAGGCUCUUUCAACAUCAACUCAAUGUAUAGUCCAUUUCAGGGGACCGAACUCCAAGAGGUGACCGAGGUGGACAUGCAGUACAGCCAGUUGAGAGCCCCUUGUGUGUACGGAGGGGUAGCCUUCAGCCUGACAAUGAUGUGCCUAACGCUUCUGUUUCUCAUCGGUGGAGCAAAGCCUAUUCAUCGCCUUUCCCUUCGACUGCUUGCUGCUGAGUGUCUCUUCGACAUCCUUGCCUGCCUUGUUUAUAUAGCAGCAGUUGGCCUCUAUCUCCACUUCGUCAUUCAAGUCAAUGCCACGGAUGUGUGCCUAAGGAGAGAAAGACUCUACGCAAGGCGAGGUUACACUUCAGUGAAUUGCAGCGUGCAAGGCGGGGAUGCUGCUGUGGCUCUUUUUGGCCUGGUGGCUGCUUGCCUGUAUUUUGGGAGCUUUGUGGUCUGCAUUCUCACCCUUAGAGAGGUACGGCUAUUUCAGAAGCAGCAGGACAAUCGUUAUCAUCUCGAGAGAACCUACAGGGAGGACGACCAUCCGAAGCCCUAUAGGGGCAAAGAAAACAUACACGCCGAAAGGACUUUUGGCACACUUGUGUAAUCUACACCAGGUAUCUCAAUGAA